GGGUGUGGUCUAGCGUGGGGUGUUCAUUGUCUCUAGUGACUUCGUCACGGUUGCUUGUUUUGUAGCUGUGCUGGGAUUUGGCGAUACUCCCUCUGUGAUCCCAGAUUCAGUUCACUCUCGUCUCAGAUAACGCGCGUACAUUUAGGUUUGAAUUUGCUGUGAACGGCAUAUUUAACGUUGACUUGAGUGUGCUAAGCUUCAUUUUCAGUCUGCAGAAUUUUUGCAGUCAGAAUGACGAGUAUUAACACGCCAAACAUUAAUUUUAAAUGGGAUCCAAAAAGUUUGGAGAUUAGGACUUUGGCUGUUGAGCGUUUGCUGGAGCCAUUAGUAACACAGGUGACCACAUUGGUGAAUUCCAGCAAUAAAGGGCCCUCAAAUAAAAAGAAGGGACGUUCAAAGAAAGCCCAUGUACUGGCUGCCUCAGUUGAGCAGGCAACUCAAAACUUCUUGGAGAAAGGAGACAAAAUUGCAAAAGAGAGCCAGUUUCUACAGGAAGAGCUAACUGCAGCAGUUGACGAUGUUCGGAAACAGGGUGAAUCCAUGAAGCUAGCCUCUGGGGAAUUUGCUGAUGACCCUUGCUCAUCAAUGAAACGAGGGAACAUGGUGCGUGCUGCUCGUGCCCUACUGUCUGCAGUAACUCACCUUCUUGUAUUGGCAGAUAUGGCUGAUGUUUAUAAACUUCUCGUUCAGCUAAAACUGGUUGAAGAUAGCCUUGUGAAAGUCCGUAAUGCAGGAACUGAGCAGGAGCUGGGAAUACAGUACAAGGCCCUGAAGCCUGAGUUAGAGAAAUUGAACUUAAUGGCAGCAAAGAGGCAGCAGGAGCUUAAAGAUGUCCACCAAAAGGAUCAGAUGGCUGCAGCACGUGGAGUGUUGCAGAGGAACAUCCCUAUGCUCUAUACUGCUUCACAGGCCUGCCUUCAACACCCUGAUGUGGCUGCUUAUAAGGCAAAUCGAGACCUUAUUUACAAACAGCUUCAAACUGCUGUGUCUGGUAUCUCAAGUGCUGCUCAGGCCACUGCCUCUGAAGAUGUUACCUUUUCACAGUCUGCAGGAGGAGGUGAACUGGCCCAUGCCCUCAACAACUUUGAUAAACAAGUCAUUAUGGAUCCCCAGAGUUUCACCGAAGAACGUUUCAGACCUUCUCUGGAGGAAAGGUUGGAGAGCAUCAUUAGUGGAGCAGCGCUGAUGGCUGACUCCUCUUGUACAAGGGAUGAUCGAAGAGAACGUAUUGUGGCAGAGUGCAAUGCAGUACGCCAGGCUUUGCAAGAUCUUCUUUCUGAGUACAUGGGCAAUGCUGGCAGGAAGGAAAGGAGUGAUGCUCUUAACAGUGCCAUUGAUAGGAUGACGAAGAAAACAAGAGACCUUCGAAGACAGCUGCGUAAAGCUGUCAUGGACCAUGUUUCUGACUCUUUCCUGGAGACUAAUGUUCCCCUGCUAGUAUUAAUUGAAGCUGCCAAGAAUGGCAAUGAAAAGGAGGUGAAGGAGUAUGCCCAAGUGUUUCGAGAACAUGCUAACAAGCUUAUUGAGGUUGCAAAUCUUGCUUGUUCCAUUUCCAAUAAUGAAGAAGGUGUAAAACUCGUCCGUAUGGCUGCUUCUCAGCUUGAAGCACUCUGCCCACAGGUAAUUAAUGCUGCCUUGGCACUUGCUGCAAAACCAAAUAGUAAAGUGGCACAGGACAAUAUGGAACUUUUUAAACAACAGUGGGAAAAGCAAGUCCACGUUCUUACAGAUGCUGUUGAUGACAUCACCUCUAUUGACGAUUUCCUGUCUGUGUCUGAGAAUCACAUCUUGGAGGAUGUCAAUAAGUGUGUAAUUGCACUUCAAGAGAAAGAUGUUGAUGGGCUAGAUCGUACAGCAGGAGCAAUCCGAGGGCGAGCAACAAGGGUUGUUCAAGUUGUCACUUCUGAAAUGGACAAUUAUGAGCCUGGUGUCUACACAGAAAAGGUUUUGGAAGCCACCAAAAUGCUUACUGAAAAAGUUAUGCCUCUCUUUACUGAGCAAGUUGAAAAAGCAGUAGAGUCUCUCAGUGCAAACCCUUCAAUGCCAGUUGAAGAAAAUGAAUUCAUUGAUGCCUCUCGUCUAGUUUAUGAUGGAGUUCGUGACAUCAGAAAGGCUGUCCUCAUGAUCCGGACUCCUGAAGAACUAGAUGAUUCUGAUUUUGAGACAGAUGACAUUGAGACCAGGAGCAGGACAAGCGUCCGCACAGAAGACGAUCAGCUGAUUGCUGGACAAAGUGCAAGGGCAAUCAUGGCACAAUUGCCUCAAGAGCAGAAAGCCAAGAUUGCUGAACAGGUUGCAAGCUUCCAAGAAGAGAAGAGCAAACUUGAUGCUGAAGUGUCCAAAUGGGACGACAGUGGCAAUGACAUUAUUGUGUUGGCUAAACAAAUGUGUAUGAUCAUGAUGGAGAUGACAGAUUUUACUAGGGGGAAAGGACCACUCAAGAAUACAUCAGAUGUCAUUAGUGCCGCUAAGAAGAUUGCGGAAGCUGGUUCCAGAAUGGAUAAAUUGGGCCGCAUGAUAGCAGACCAUUGUCCAGAUUCUUCCUGUAAACAGGAUCUCCUUGCCUACCUGCAACGCAUUGCACUUUAUUGCCACCAAUUGAAUAUUUGUAGCAAAGUAAAAGCGGAAGUUCAGAACCUUGGAGGGGAACUAGUAGUGUCUGGAGUGGAUAGCGCUAUGUCACUAAUUCAGGCUGCCAAGAAUUUGAUGAAUGCUGUGGUACAAACUGUUAAGGCUUCUUAUGUUGCAUCCACGAAAUAUCAGAAGUCCCAGGGAAUAAAAUCUUUGAACCUACCAGUUGUUUCAUGGAAGAUGAAGGCACCAGAAAAGAAGCCUCUUGUUAAGCGUGAAAAGCAAGAUGAGGGCCAAACUAAAGUUAAAAGAGCCUCACAGAAGAAACAUGUUAACCCAGUGCAAGCUCUAAGCGAGUUCAAAGCAAUGGAUAGCAUUUAAUUACAUAACUUCCUGAUAGUGCUGGCUAAAGUUGUUAAUCAAACAGCACAAUGUGCAAAUUAUAGCUACAGGUGUCUGUUAUAAAAAAGUAUAUUGAGCAUUUCUGGUUUGCAGAUUGUUUUAAGAUGUAUGAAUAAUUUUUAAUAUUUUUGAAAAUGUAUUUUUGUUUAACCUUUGAAUACAGUGAUUUGCAAAAGCUAUUUUAUGCAAUGUAGUUCAUUUUGUUGGUAGUUUCACAAAUUUAAUUGGAGGGCUCUGGUUUGUAAGUAUGUAUCACAAUCUCAUUACAUGAGUAUUUCAGGUUUCAAUAUGCAGUCAGACGUUUUUCUGAAGUUUAUUUGCUGGAUUUUUAUUUUCUUGCUUAAUUGGGUCUGAGGGAUGUUGGCACACUAUUCAGAAAUGUACAUUACAGAUGGAUUUGCAUUGGGCUAUAGAUUUGUUCCUCUGGUGUCUUUUAUAUAUUCUCCAAGCUGCCUUAUGAGUAUGAUUUCUUUUAAAUGGAAAUACUGCUUAAAUUUCAAAACUAGAACCAAAGACAUUGCAUAAAUUACUCAGUUAAUUUUAAGUGCUGCCUUUUUUUAAUGUCACCUAAAGGUUUUGAUAUGAAAUCUGUUUAACUUUAUUAGGCCCUGCUCCAUACAAGAUCACAACACCAGUAGAAGUUUUCUGCAUGGAAGCAUACUUCUACAUUUCACUUUAUAACCAUGUAGCUUAGUUUUGGUUGUUGACACUAACAAUACACAGUUUUAUAGUUCAGUGUGAAAUUAAAUGCAUAUUUAUAAAGUUAUUUAAGUAUUAAUGAUUCUAGGAAAGAACUAUUGUCUCAGUAUGUAUGGUAAAUGUUGAGCAAUAAAGAAAAGCAGGAGACUAUUUGUAUAGAUUCUCUGGUCGUAUGAUUGAAGAGUAUGUGGUGUUCUGCUUCUUGACGAUUAUUUUAAUUUAUAGUCACAAAAUACUGUCCUGCAAAGACCCUCCUUUCCUAAACUUAGGACCAUCAGUGUAAUGCAUUUUAGUUAUGUUUCAGCAACUAGUCUCUCACAAUGACAAUCUAGUAGGAUAAGAAGCUUUCAUGAUUUAUUUUGUGUUUUAUAAUAAACCUUACAAGUUUUAUUUUCCCUGUAGAUACCUAACUUACAAUUUGGACUUUGUAUAUUCUAAUUCUAAUGAAUAUUGCUUAUUCUAAUAAAUAAAGUCAGGUUUGUUUU